CCCCGUUCUAUUCGCCAACACAGCGACUCGCGGAUUGACUCGUCUUCGCCCGAAACUGCAUCUUCCAAGUUCUGCGCUCCUUCACCAAGGCUGAACAUUCCUUGCACGGCGCAGGUGCCCCAAGCUUUGCGGCGCCGCUUCCACGACUCGCCGAAACAAAACGGCGCAGAUCCUGAAUAGGUGUCUUCCUUUGCCUGCUCACCAAAACACCAUCAUCAUCAUGUCUUCGACACAUUCUCGCAGUGGGUCUGACGACACAAGCGCCACCUCCAUGUCCUACAUCCUGGAACACGUGCUGCAGUAUCCCGGGACUUACGAGAUUCCCCUGCGAACCAUGUACACACUCAACUGUGUGCCCCGCGCUCAACCUCUCCCCAAGGACCUUUCCCGCGGUCACACACCAAGCAAUAGCACCGGCGCUCCCUCACCUACUAGCGGACAGUUUGCAUUGAACGGGUCAGAAUCCACAACCAUGAACUUCACGACUGAACUCAUGACUCACCUUAACAAGCUGCCUCUGCAGCCAAGCUCACUACCACCUACCUUCAUUGUCAAUUUUGUCAGCCGCUGCUUCCACCCUGACUUAGACCUCGUGGACUUCUCCCAGGCUUUAACGGCCCUCGACUACCUGAGGGACCUGGAGAACAGGAGACGCAAAGAGAUGGUGGCGGCUUUUGAGAGGUUACUGAUCUUUCCGGACUCGUAUGAGCGUGACAUGGAGACCAUGGCUGAGACUUUUCCCGGCAUCGCCCUGUGGGUGAGGAAUGCGGAAGCCAAGAACCUGAAGGCCGAAAAUCUAUAUGCUCAAGUCUACGUGGGCAUUCGUCGAUGGAUUAUGAUCAAUGAGUUGGGCGCCCAGCCUUUCCACAAACUCAAUUGUGUGGGUAUGCUCAACACACUAUUGCCACCCAUGCAUGAUUCGUCAAGACUUCCUUCACCUGCCAUUGAGCACCAGACGUUGAAGGAUGAACGAAAUGCAUUUUUCGAGUACAUCAACCUUGUCCAGAAGAGCGGACCUGGUGUCCUUGACACUAUCAUCAGCCACAAUGCGGAGCCUGACGAAGCGUCGGGCUGGCCUGCGGUGCAACGGACCGUGGACAAGUACUUGAGGGUUGCUAAGAACAUGAUCGAUGACUGCAUCGCCACUACUGGCCCCGAGUCUUUCAAAGCCUACGCAGAGGAAAGGAAGGGCAAGAAGACGGAUUCAGGUGUCAGCUUUGGCUCUGAGCGCAGACCAAGUGUGGGGCUAAGUGCGCAUGUGUAUGCCGAAGAGCCGACGCCUACCUAUGCACCUCCGCCCAAGGGUGCCUCCAAGCUGGAGAGAAUCACGCGCGAGUUCAAGCGUAUGCGCGUAAAGCCUCGUCCGAGCGUCGAAGAAAUCGUUCAGGUCAACUCUCGAACCGACACCGAUUACGUCCCACAAGUGGCCGAAUCCAAGGGCAACAAGCUUAAAAAGGCACGGUCUUUUGCCAGUCUCAAAUUCGGCAACAGCAGCUCUUUGUCCUUGACCAGCCGGAAAGGAAGUGAUGCAAGCGAGGCUUUCGACCCGGAGCAGAUGAAGAAGGCCCGAGCCAUGUACGAUGCAUCAGUGAACAAGCACUAGACUCUUUACAGCUCUGCCGCGAUAGGUCUGGCGCUUGCUUCUACCAAUCUACACGCCCCGGGAGCCGUGAGACUGGCGGUCUCGACACGAAUUACGACAAAUUUCUUUUGUUCACGACGCAACGCAUCAAGAACGGGAUCUUACCUGAAAAGGCGAGAUACCAAGGGUGCAGACGUCAGACCACUUCUGUUCGC